UUAGGGGGGAGAUGGUGUCACGUUUGGAAGGGAAAUAACUCUCAACUACAACGCUGGUAUUAUCCACUUCCUGCCCCAACAACAUGGCCACCAUCGAAUCCUUGGUUGUAGAAGAUAGAGAACAAGACAAGCCGAUCGAUAGAGAAAAGACUUGCCCUUUACUUUUAAGAGUAUUCUGCAACAUGGGGAGGCACCAUUCGAUGUCGGAGUACUCAAGGGGAAACACACCUACUAACGAACUCCAGAUCUAUACAUGGAUGGACGCCACCCUGAAGGAGUUGACCAGCCUUGUCAAGGAAGUCAACCCGGACGCGCGGCGCCGCGGCACCUUCUUCGACUUCGCCAUUGUGUACCCGGAUCCGCGCACCCCGACCUACCGCCUGCGCGACAUCGGCACGACAUGCUGCGGGCGCAAGACGGCUGACGACUCCGUCACGCUGGCCGCCAAGAAGUUCCAGAUCGGCGACUACCUCGACAUUGCCAUCGCCCCUCCCCGCGGCGGCGGUGGUGGUGGUGGUCCUCCACCCAACCGCAACCGCCGGCCAUAUUAACAGACUUUGACUGCCGUCUGGUGACCGGGUGGAGAAGUAGGUAGGGGAAAGGUGAAGUUGGGAGGGGUACGUGAAGGCCAUUUUUCACUUUAAAAAAUAAAGAAGAUAAGGAUUUUAGAUUCCAGGACGGAAGUUUUAACAUCUGACACUGGAGGAUGAGCGUUUGUUUGCUGAUUGCUAAACGAAGAACAGAAUAAAUAAAAGAAAAACAUCGCUUGAACGAUAUUCUUAACCCUGGCCGAGUCGUGAGCGGCAAGAAAGCCAGGCUUUAGUUGACAUUUGAAGACAAGGAAAAACAGAAAAGGAAGACACACCUUUAUUUCCCCAACCAGCUGUCGUCCACUUCCUGACACGCGGCGCAUGUACAGACGAUAAGUACAGUAGUCCAGGCAACAUCCUUGGCACAGGGCCUUGGGGCUAGAAGAAGGCAGCUCUGCCGGAGCACCGCCAGUACAAAGACCCGUUUGUUCACUGUACUCUGUAUUUGUAUGUUUGCGUUCAUGCUCCUGUACCACAGGUAGCCAAGAAUCUGCUCUGUUUAUUUUUUUACCCCUUCAUGAGAAAGUUAGUCGCUCACGAUUUGUAUUCAUUCUUUUCAUUGAUACUGCGUGUUUCAUGUUGACGUUCAUCCUAAGAUGUUUUUUUAAAGAAUUAAACAUUUGCGCAAAUUGUU